GUGUCUUGUACUAGCUGAUCUACAGUAUGUUCUCUUCCUCUCAUAUUUCCUCUGACACUUUUUUUUUAUCUAUAUAUGCUGGAUGGGUAUCAGGUUGUCAGUUAUGUCUAACAUAAGCAGGUUAUUCCUGUUCUUAAUUCUUUCACUCAAUAAGUGAAUUAGUAGAAAUAUUUACAUGCUAAUUAAAUUAACUAAAGAAUGGAAUGUGGAAUAUUGACAUCUCCUCAGUCAGAUAAAAAAACAACAACCAUACAUUUAUACGAAUGAGAAAAUGUGGUUAAAAAUUGCUGCAGUGUAAACUGAUCUGUGAACAACAAACAUAGAACCUGCUAUUAGAUAUACAGUAUAUAGGCUGGAUAGAUGGCUCAUUUUACUACAUGUGAUUAAUAAGUGGAAUGACUGCUUCAUCAUUUUGCAACAGCCUACAAAACAAAACAAAACAAACAACAAAGUAAAUAUAAUUCUGGUAGGUUGUAAUUGAUAUCAGCAUGUUUAUGCAGUGCUCCCCAGGAAAUAUCCCGUGUGCCUCACAGCUGGCAUGGGUGAAAGUGUCAAUGAGUUGAUCUUUCCCGACAGCAAAUGGUUUUGCUAAAGUGCUGACCACUGCUAAAAAGAUGUUGCACUCCCCCACGUGAAGCAAGUCUAACUGCGCUCUGGCUCCUCCUAUGCUAUCUUAAACAUCCACCAUGAAGAGGAAGUGGAUUAACUGCACUCUUUGAAAUCACCAUUGGUGGACUUGGUGCUGCCAAGGUAAGAGACUCUUUGCAUGUGUGGGAUGUUUUAAUGAUUCUUGAGAGUCCCUACUAUGCACUAUGACAGCUGAGAAUAAAGUCUUUGCAGGCUCAAAGAGAAUUGCAAACAUAGAUCACACAGACCUUUCAAUUUGUUAAUAAAGGUUGAUGCACUAAAUUCUACUCAAGGAAUCAUCUGCAAUGGAUCAAAUGAAUGACCUGUGGAAUUCAACAGCUUUUACAGACAAUGUCUACAUAUCAAAACGAAGUAUUAGAAAGAUUCUCAUCAGCAAGAGGCAUUAUCUGCCUGUGGAGAGUAACAUUACUGACACCAUGAAAAUGAGUUAUAAUCUACCCAGUGAAGAGGACAUCAGUACUUCUACCAGUUGCGAUGAAAGAAAAACAAAAAAAUUACGAAUCCAAGAGAAUUCAAGGACUCAAGCUACAUGCCACCUUCCUGAUAAAUUUUCUGAGCAAUCCUAUGAAAAGGAGAGAGAAGUUGAUAUAACUGAUGUGAAGGCUGAGCCUGGAUCUGAUUCCCGACUGAAUCAUGAGCACUUGGAAGCGAUCAGCAUCACCAACGUGAAAGUGAAACAGGAGGUGGAUAUCACUGCGCCACGUGAACUGACGGCGCUUCCAAGAGAUCAGCAGGAGACUGUGGGGGAUGAAUGCGAGGCUGAGGGAAACGAAGCGGACAGCCUGAACUCUUCUCAGAGGCAGGUUUUAAAAAAUCAUUUUGCCUUUGCAGCCAUGAAGAAGCGAGGAAUGGAGGGAGACACGGAAAACCGUCCGUACAAGUGCCUGUACUGCAGCUGGGCUUUCAAAAAGUCCAGCAACCUGUUGAGCCACAUCGACACUCACCAAGGUCUUAAACCACAUGUUUGUGACCUGUGCGGGAAAGCCUACUCGCACCAAGGAACUCUUCAGCAGCACAAGCGGCUACACACGGGCGAACGACCGUACCAAUGCCCAUUUUGUGAGAAAAGCUACAUUUGGUCCUCUGACUUCCGCAAACACAUCCGAACGCACACCGGAGAGAAGCCGUACAUCUGUGAGGAAUGUGGCAAGGAUUUUGUGCGUUCCUCAGACCUGCGGAAGCACGAGCGCAACAUGCACACCAACAACAAGCCGUUUCUUUGCGAGCAGUGCGGCAAAACCUUCAACAAACCCCUGUCUCUUCUCCGUCACGAGCGCACGCAUUUGGGUGAGAGGCCCUUUGUUUGCCCGGAGUGCGGGAAAGCAUUUGCCCUGGCCAGUCGCAUGACAGAGCACAGGAAAAUCCACAGCGGCGUGCGUCCCUACACCUGCUCCGUUUGCUCCAAAGCUUUCACCAAGUCCUCCAACCUCGCUGAACAUAUCGCAAUUCACAGCGGAGUGCGGCCACACAAGUGUUCAGAGUGUGGGGUGGCAUUCGCCACGGCGUCCCGGCUAGUGCGACACCAGCGUAUUCACGCAGCUGAGCACUCCUAUCACUGCCAAAGCUGCAAUAUGUCAUUCAGCCACCUUGCGGCACUCGGGAAGCAUCAGAAGCAGCAUGGAGAGGGCACAAUCUUUGUUUGCGGGCAGUGCAGUAAAUCUUUCCCCCAGGAUUCCCUGCUUACAGAACACAUGCAAAGUCAUGCUGACGCUGCGACUUGCAUUACCUAAACUUACCCAUUUCGCACUAAAGUAACUGGAGGAUAGCAAGUAAACCUGGGUUAUUCUAUCCAUCUAUCUAUCUAUCUGU